ACUCUUUGUCUUAAUAUCCCCAAAAUCGUGUUUCAUUUUACUCGCUUUUCUCAGCCCUAAAAUUUCCCAUUUUCCCAAAUUACUCCUCUUCGAUCUGCUCUAGCUACUACAUACUCUCAAAUUAGAAAUCCCUAAUCUGAAAUAAAGAAAAAAAAAAACCUUUUUUUUUUCCUAUCAAAACCCUAGCUCUUCGAUCGCUCUAGUUUCUGGGUGAGCUCUUGCCUUUGAUCCUCGCUGCUGCUGGUGUACGAUCUUGUGUUUGAUCUCUGCUUCAAUAGUAAUCAGUUGGAAUCUCUAGUUCGAUCGAUCAAAUUACGGUAGUCUUGGUUGGGGACAGUGGUUAUUCCGUUUCUGGGUGUUGCUGGUAUCACGUUCAUCCAGAGAUAUCUUAUAGUAAGACAAUGGCAGCUAGUAGCAAAUUUGACUUGUCUAGCCCUGAUGGACCCAUGUACCUGAAUGGGCAGCGUGGUUCUUAUGGAAAUAUUUCACUGGAAAGAACAGGAAGCUUUUGCGAGGGCUCUGGGAAUCGUCUGCCAUCUCUAUUGCCAAGCAUGUCCAGGUCUAGUUCCACAUUAUCCCAAGGUGAUAUGAGCAAUAUGUUUCAAUCGCUUUUUUCAGAUUUGAGAACAGUAGUUCUGGACCAACGAUUCCUUAGAACACUAGAAGUAAAAAAAGGUUUAAGUUCUAUUCUGGGCCUCUCACCUGAGGAUCCUGUGCCUCCUACUAUAAACACAAAGCCUUUACCUCCUUCUUCCUCGGAGGAACUCAAACGCAUGAGGGCCAAUCUCAGUGAGGGUUCUAUCAAAGCAAGGGAAAGAGCAAAAGCAUUCACUGAGGCUCUUUCUAAGCUCGAGGAAUAUUGUCCCAAUCUGUCAAAAAAACGUCCUCGAGGUGAUAUUUCAUCAAGUGAUCGGUCAAAUGCAUUGUUUCCGGGAGCAAACGUGCCCAAGGUAGGGCCGCAGACUCAUAUGAAUGUUAAUAGCCUAGAACUUGGGCCUCAGAAAAUGGAAGAAAGAGCAAAGGCUACUGUAGCAAACAGGAGAGUCCGAACAUCUAUGAUGGAAGGGAGGAUGGAUGCACGGGCUAAUGGCAUAGCCAGAUCAUCUGGACUUUCUGAUAAGGAUAAAGAGAUAUACAAACUUGUAAAUGGUGGCUCUACACCAUCAGAAGAAAAGGUUCGAGCUCUAACAUCUAGUGUAGAUGGAUGGGAAAAACCAAAGCUGAAGAAGAAGCGCUCUGUGAUCAAAUCAGAUGUUUCUGCAAGUGCUGUCAUUACUCGGCCACUUGAUAGUGAUCGGGAACCCAAACGAGGGACCCAACAAAAACUUGGCAAUGAUGCUCGACCAAGAUUAAGCAACACCCAUGGCUUCAGGUCUGGACCUGUUAAUGGAACUAUUGGCCCUGGAAAAUCAGAUUUAGCUUCUCCACAAAACAGUCUUGGCAUGCGACCUUCACCAAGAAAUGAUCAAGACAGCAGCUCACUUUCUAAUGACAGAAGAGAUCGUGCGCUGGGGUUAGAUAAGGAAGGUUCCACGCUUAAAGCUGUGAACAAGCAAAAUGGUCGUGAAGAGAACCUGGCUGGUAGUCCUGCUCCACUAACAAAGUUAAAUGCAUCUGUUCGAGCACCAAGAUCAAACCCAGGUUCUCUUGCAAGGGCAUCCCCUAACACUCAUCGAAUUCCAGCAAAUACUGACGAUUGGGAUCAUUCUCAGACCACAAAUAGGGUCAAUGGUUUUAACAGGGCUAUUAAUCGCAAAUGUUCAUCAUCUCAAUUGGCAUCAUCCCCUGUAGCACAGUUGGUUGGACAAAGGCCUCAGAAGAUAUCUCGUGUUGCUCGAAGAUCAAAUUUAUCCCCCCUUACCUCAAGCCAUGAUGAAUUCACACUACCUGAAACAGUAGAAACUGCAUCCAUUAAUACAGAUGGGUUAGGGCCCGCAAGGCACUUGUCCUCCAAUAGUCAAAUUAAAUUAAAAGCUGAUCAAACUCUACCAGCUAGUUUAUUGGAAAAUAAGGAUCCUGGAGUUGCUGAAAGCAAGUCAAGGGAUAAGACUAAGAAAUGUAGUGAGAUAGAGGAGAAAUCUGUACAAUCAAUACAGAAAGUUACAACUUUGAUUUUGCCGUCGAGAAAGAACAAGGUGGCUGCUGAAGAAGAUACUGGAGAUGGUGUUCGCAGGCAAGGAAGGAUUGGACGAGGUUAUGCGACAACAACUUCUAUCAUGCAUGCUACAUUUGAGAAGUUGGACAACACAUCCACCAUAAAGCAGAUGAGAAGUGCGAGGGCUGGUUCUGAGAAAAUUGAAAGUAAACCAGGUCGGCCACCUUCGAAGAAAUUGUCUGAGCGGAGAGGUUAUACACGCCCCAGGCAUUCAGUGAAUAAUGUGUGCCUAGACUCUGCUGGAGAAUCAGAUGAUGACCAUGAAGAGCUCUUAGCUGCAGCGAAUGCUGCUGUGAAUACCAUGCGGGCCUGUCCCAACUCAUUUUGGAAGCAGAUUGAGCCCAUAUUCCGUUUCCUUUCUGCAGAGGAUAUAACAUAUCUGAACCAGCAGAUGCACCUCAUGGAUGAAAGUUGUGCUAAUACGUGUGCGGAUGCAGGGGUCCAAAAUCUGAAGGACGAUCUUGGUUAUGUUUCUCGGCCACCCACUCCAGCCCCUGGGAAUAGAGAUGCUGAUCAUGUCUCAAAUGGUACCGGUUUAACUUCAUGUGAGAGUCAAAAACAAAUCACCAGCCACAUAAAGCAGGAUGAACCUUUACUAGAACAGUUAGCAAGAGGCACUGGCACCCAAAGUGCAAUUUCUAUUUGCCAAGCUCUUCUUUCAGCUAUAAUUGAGGAAGAAGAGGUUGAAAAGUUUUACUAUGGCUCCAGUAAGGGUGAAGAAUACUCGUAUGAGGAUGCCUAUGGAGUUAAACAUGACGUUGAUACCCAGUUAAACCCAAAUGGUUUUCAUUUCCCUGGUAACUUCCAAACCACUGACGGAACUCAAAAUGGUACCAAGAUUCAUAGUUGGAAAUGUCAUGAUGAACUGCUGGAGAACAACUUUGGAAGCAAUAAUGGCUUGCUAGAGGGAAACACAGGAGCCACACCGAGACAUGGGAAUUCUUUGGAUGAAUUCUUUCCAAACCAUUUAAUGACAUCUUGCACUGAUUUUGAGUAUAACCAGAUGAGUAUCAAUGAUCGAAUUCUUCUCGAGCUUAGUGAAAUUGGUCUUCACCCUGAACCUGUGCCUGACCUAACACAAAGUGAGGAGGAAGAUAUUGCAGACGGUAUCAAUAACUUGGAGGAGAAGCUGCUUGAGCAGGUUAAGAAGAUAAAAGGCUUGCUUCUGAAGCUAGAGAAGACAGUGAAAGAGGCGAGGGAAGAUCAAGAUAGAAAACUCGAGUGUACUGCAAUGGACAUGCUUGUAGGAUUGGCUUACAACAAAUACAUGGCUUGUUGGGGUCCUAACGCAACUGGUAAUAAAAGCAUGAACAAAAAUAUGAAGCAUGCCACUCUCGCCUUUGUUAAGCGGACACUCGCAAAAUGCCAGAGAUUUGAGAAGACUGGGACUAGUUGCUUCAAUGAACCUGCUUGCAAGGACAUAUUCCUAUCCAUAUCUUCUUGCAGCAUUGUCAAAGAGGGCAUGGACAUGGCAGUAGAUGGUGAAGCCUCCAAGAAACUCACAUCCUCCCAACAUUCUGAAAACACUAUAUCAGAUCUCAGCCCGGGUCUUGCCUCUCAAGUGGGCCAAAGAUUGGAUACACAUGAGAAAUACUCUAACUCUUUCCGACCUGUUAGCCAGUCGUCAGAACAACCAAAUGGUAGAGAAGAGCCAUGGUUAAAUAAGGUGAAGAGGAGGGAAUUACUGCUUGAUGAUGUUGUUGGGAGUGCUGGGGCUGCAUUAAGACCGCCUUCAGGCCUUGGAAGUUCACUCUUAAGUGGUACAAAAGGGAAGAGGAGUGGAAGGGACAGAGAUGGUAGGGGCCAGAACAAAGAUAAUGCAUCUAGAGUGAGCACUGUCAAAAUUGGUCGGCCGUCCUUAUCGAACGUCAAGGGUGAACGGAAGAACAAAACGAAGCCCAAGCAGAAGCUAACACAAUUAUCAGCCUCCGUUAACGGUCUUCUGAGUAGGACUGCCGACCCAUCUGAGACAGGCCCCAAAUUAAAGGGAACGGCGGCGGUGAAGGAGGAUCUGUCUUUACCGGCGGACUCUGCUGGAGUGCAGGAUUUAUGCAAUUUGCAGUUACCUGAGUUAGAUGUUGGUGAUUUUGGAGGCCAAGGACAGGACAUCGGUUCGUGGCUGAACAUCGACGACGAUGAUGCGUUACAAGACCACGAUUUCAUGGGACUCGAGAUUCCUAUGGAUGACCUCUCGGAAGUUAACAUGAUGCUAUGAACUCAACUGCUGGUGUAAAUGUUUGAGCUAUAUAAUACACAUUUCAGUAUAUACGGCCACCAUCAGCACACGGCACUGUUCUUCGGCAGCGACAGUCUUGUUUCUUUGUUUAUCAGUUUUGUUUUGCUCCUUUUUCAGUUUGCUGCAACAACUUUGUAAAUAUUUCUCAAUCAGAGAGCAGUGCCAAAUUGUACAUACAAUUGACAUAUCAAUAAAAUUGGAGCUGUUUUUCUUUUAUAUA